ACCGCCACUGACCCAUUGCGCCCCGCCUCUCGCCUCCCUCCCCCGCCAGUCACCACCACACUUGGUCAAGUUGCCAUUUGCCUUCCUCCUCCUCCUCCCCAUCGGCCCACCCUCCCCACCACUCACGGUGUAGCUGCCAUUGUCGCUGUCUCCCUCUGCGCACUACCACAUCACAGUGCCACGAUCUCGGUCUCGCCGGUGCCACCUCCGGCGCCCGGCGGCUCUCUCUCUCUCAGACGGUACGGACGUGGCCGGCCGACUGCACGCAGUCCGGCCGGCGCUGCCUCGCAGCAACAAGACGGACAGCUCGCCACCGGCAGGGGGACCUCUGCUCGCCCCCGUCCUCGCGGGGAGACACGGGUUAGGCGCUAGAUCCACGCGUCCGGCCCCGCCUGCGGUGCCCGCGGCAGUGCAGGUCCGUCGCCCACCCUCCUACGCUCCUCCCUGUCUCUGCUUGGUAGACGGUGGUGGGUUUUGCCAUUUUUGGGUUGGCUGUUCAUCCGGGUGCUGCCUGCCGUGGUGGUGGACUGGUGGUGGUGCCGCUGUCGCUCCUCCCAAAAGUGCCUUUUCAGCCGCGCUUCCGGUUGGGGCUGGGGCUGGGGCUCGGUUUGGAUUACGGAGCUCCUCCUUUUUUAAUCCUGACUCUAAUCCGACCUAAUCGCAGUCACCUGCUCGCCUACCGGGAUAUUGUUAUUACUUCUCUCCUCCUAACCUCUCUCUGCCUCGCCGCAUUCAUGGGGACCAGCGCCAUCGCCAGCUUUCCCUCCGCCGCGCUCAUUGGCUCCGGUGUCGGUGCCGUUGCCGUUGCUGCGCGCCUGCGCCCUGUCCCCCGUCCUCCUCCACGGUGGCGGGAUAAACGAUGGCUGCGUCCCCGCCAACCGCCGCGUAUAUAUAUACGGUUGUUGCCGCCUUGCAGGCUCCGUUCUGCCGACCAGGACGGUGUGAAUGAAAGGGGCUCAGGAUACAAGGCACAGGAAGAAGCUGGACCUCCAGGUUCUCGCGCCCUUCCCAGGAUGCCUGGGGAGGAUGAUCGACAUGUUCGACCUCAGCAAUGGCGUGGUUGCCACCAAGAUGCUAACUGAGAAGGCACAUAGAGAUGUUUCUCCGGCCGGAAAAGACCGAAGUAACACUUUCAAGAUGGCAAUUAUCCCCCCAGCUCAGACAGAAGAUAAACAAAUAGAUAGCCAGACGAGAAGGAAUUCCCCUACUAAAAGAUCAAACUCGCCUACUAAAAGGAGCGGUGCAGCGCCUGUUAAGAUGAUCAUGGAGCAGGGCAUGUGGAAAGAAGGGAUGCCUGAUGAGGAGCCACUGAAUGUUGUUGCAAGAUUAAUGGGACUACAUGAUGCUCCAGUUCAGCAAUCUAAUUUCCAUUUAGCGAGACAAUUGGAUAAGGAAUAUCAACGUGGUGGUUUUGAAGAGAACUACCGGAAUCUCAAGCCAAAUAAGGAAAGCAAAUGCCAUCAAAACCAAAAGGCAGGGCACACUUGGAAUGGUUCUGGUGACCAACCUUCAAGAAUCAAUAGCAGCCGGAGCAAGCAUCAAGGAAAUGAGCCUUGCUGUGAGAAGAGGAUGUCGCUUGUCCGCGAGAAGUUUGCUGAAGCGAAGCGUCUAGCCACGGACGAGAAGCUUCUUCAUUCGAAGGAGUUCCAAGAUGCACUACAGUUUUUAAGCUCAAAUAGGGACCUAUUCUUGGAGUUCCUUGAUGAGCCAAAUCCUCUGUUAUCAAGCAACCGUUAUGAGUUCCAACCUGUCGCGCCACCUUCUCAAGCGAAGCAGAUAACCAUACUGAAGCCAUCAGAACUAGCAAAGAGAAAAGGCAGCAUUCUUGUGGGGAGACAACUGUUUUCAGAUGGAGAUGAAAGGGGACUUAACAGAUACAGGCGCCAUCAGAGUUUAGAUGUUUGCCCGGCAAAUUCAAAUUUGUCCGAGCCAACAAAAAUUGUGUUACUGAAGCCAGGACGACUGUCAAAACCUCAUGAUUCCAGGAUUGCAAGGUCUUCAUUAUCAUCAGCAGAAAACAGUGAAGAUGAAAGUAUGACGACGGUUGAUGAAACCGUGUGCUCAAGAAGGUUGGCAAAGGAGGUCACUUGGCAGACGAGGAUGCGGCUAAAAGACAAGCAAGACGAAAAGAGCACGCUCUCAUGUGAAUACCUUGACUUCUAUAUCGGAGAUGACUCCUUCAGUAAAUCAGAAGUUGAGAUUUCAAAAGAGAUGCCUGGUGAAACAAGUGAGGAGUUGGAGUUUGGCACUCCGACUUCUGGCCGUUCCUGGGAUUUUCUGAGCAGAAGUGGAAGUCCUUACUCUGCGUCAUGCUCUAGCCAGGCAUCCCAUAGAAGGGAACCGUCGGUAGUUAGGGAAGGCAAGAAGAAGAUUUUGGAGAGAUGGUCUAUGGUAUCGUCAACAGUCAGUAGCGAGGAGGAAAUGGAAGGUCGCAGAAGUACAGGCACGCUUGGUGACAUACUCACAAUACCGAAAGUCAAGGACCAGGAAGGAAUUGGGGCGGAAACACUGGGGAGCCCAGCACCUGAGCUGGAACCUGAGGAGCCUUUCUCAUGCUUGCCAAGAUCUCGGUCUCUUCCACUUUCUCUGUCCUGUGGAGUCGCCGAGUCUAAUGGAGGAGUAGCCUCUGGUAGUACUCAGGAAGCUGAAAGGGAGAGGAUCAGGAAGUCAUCAUCGUUUAGGGAAAAGGUUUCAAGCCUGUUCUCUAAAAACAAGAAACCAGUUAGGGAGAAGGCAGAUCUAUCCGUGAGCAAUAGACUCGAGGUCUAUGGAGGGGCUGAAACUACUGCUGAUGUGAAGAAGGGCUUGAACCGUCUUGCGUUAGACAAUCUUCAGAAACAAAGUACUAGUCGUGUAAACACAGACGGGAAGAAGAACGCUGCGCAAGGACUCGUCACUAGUUCUUGUGGUACUAAUGAUACAGCUAAUACCACCCCUGCCAAGGACAACAUUGCCUCCAUUCCAAGUCUUGGCGCCCCAGGAAUCCUUGGUGACCCUCAGGACCAGCCUAGUCCUGUAUCUGUGCUAGAUGGACCGUUUAUUAUACGUGAUAACAGCAGGAAUGUACUGUACUCAUCUCCAUCCCCACAGGCUUUGUCGAGGUCUCCCUUGAUCGGAUCGUUUCCACGGUCCCUGCCAGUGUCGUGGGAGGACCCCCCGCCGGAAGCCACGUCGCCGAAUUCCCUGAGACUCUCGAGGCUUUUCUCCAAGGCCGACGAGGAUCUAGACUCGCUGACGUUCAUCCAGAAGCUGGUCCGCUCCUGUGGCAUGGACCGAGCAAGCUGCGUGUUGGCUGGCCCUCUGGACCCGGACCUGCUCGAGAAGGUUUCAGAGCACGAAGACGACGGAACCAGGUUCGGGAGAAGGCGGCUUCUUUUCGACGCCGUAAACGAAGCGCUCGCCGAGCUCGCCUGGACGGCGGAACUGGCCGCGUACCCCUGGGGCGGCGGCAGAUCACGCCUGGACUGCAACUGCAAGAACGGUUCCGGUGGUGACUCGGCGGCCGAGGAGAUCUGGCGCGUUAUCAGGAACUGGUCGACACUUGACAAGUACCCUCCCUGCGAAACUAUCGAAGGAAACGUCUUGCUGGAGAUGAUACUCAGGCGGGAGGCGGACAGCGGCGAGACGGCUCGGUUGGAGGUGUUUGGUCUCGGCGCCUCGGUCUGCGCCGUGGUGUUGGAGGAGCUGGUUGAAGAGACGGUUGUGGAUCUCCUGACUGACUGCUAGUGAGUGAUACUUGCUGCUGCUGUUAACACUGCUCCGUUAAUCCACCCCUCAAGAUGGAAUGGGUCUCUUUGCCUUGUUCACAUCUUUGUUUUGACCGGCAUUUGCUCUAGCCGUUGACUGGUAAUGGAUCAUGCCAUUUGUUUCGCCGUUUAAUUA